AUGUAUAUAGAAAGGAAGAACAUAAUUAGGAAUACGAACAAUGCAAUUAAAGAGGUGAACAAUGUAGUUAAAACUAACAAAAUUGUAAUUACAGCUGAUAGCAGUGUAACUGGAAACAAGUAUAGUGCUGGUGUAUCACUAGAGCACUUUCCUCGAGAAGAGGUCCAAUUGGCCACAAAAUUUGGAAUAAUAAGACUCGAAUCUGGUGAAAUGGGGGUAAAAGGAACUCUUGAGCAUUUCUGUUCAUGUUGUCUAGCUAGCCUUCAGCGGGUAGAUGUGGAAUAUAUCGAUCUCUACUAUGCACAUCGAAUUGACACAUCUACUCCCCUAGAGGACACUGUAAAUGGGGAACUGAAGAAGUUGGUGGAAGAAGGAAAAAUAAAGUAUAUCGGGCUAUCUGAAGCUAGUCCAGGCACAAUAAGAAGAGCACCUGCUGUUCACCCCAUCACUGCUCUACAGAUGGAAUAUUCCCUAUGGACUCCUGAUAUCGAAGAUGAAAUUAUCCCUCUGUGCAGGGAACUUGGAAUUGAAAUUGUCCCAUACAGUCCUCUAGGACGUGGAAUUUUUGGUGGGAAAGCAGUCGUAGUAAGUUUGCCAGCAAAUACUUAUCUGGAAUCACAUCCACGGUUUCUAGGAGAGAACUUUGAAAAAAACAAGAUAUUGUAUAAUCGUGUGAAGGUGGUGACUGAAAAGCAUGACUGCUCCCCUGCACAACUUGCACUUGCUUGGGUUCUUCAUCAAGGGGACGAUGUAAGGACAACAAAAGUUAAAAAUUUUGAUCAUAAUAUUGGUUCCUUAAACGUGAGGCUGACAAAAGAAGAUUUGAAUGAAAUCAGUGAUGCUAUACCGAUCGAUGAGGUGGCAGGGCUAAGACAACCUGAGCAACUUUGUCACCACUCAUGGAAGUUUGCUGACAUGCCAACAAAACACAACGAGACAGCAACUUAA